CCCGCCUACCUGCUGCUCCCGCGCCGGGCGCCCCAGCCAGCCCGUCUCUCCAAGUUCCCGCUGUCUGAGCCCGGGGCUCGAGGCUGAUGGAACCGCCAAGAUGUUCGCUCCCAGGCUGCUGGAUUUCCAGAAGACGAAGUACGCGAGGUUCAUGAACCACCGAGUCCCCGCCCACAAGAGGUACCAGCCCACGGAGUAUGAACAUGCUGCCAACUGUGCCACCCAUGCUCUCUGGAUCAUUCCCAGCAUCCUCGGCAGCUCCAACCUCUACUUCCUGUCAGAUGAUGACUGGGAGACCAUUUCUGCCUGGAUCUACGGCCUUGGCCUCUGUGGGCUCUUUGUGGUAUCCACUGUCUUCCACACGAUCUCCUGGAAAAAGAGCCACCUCAGGAUGGUGGAGCACUGCCUGCACAUGUUCGACCGCAUGGUCAUCUACUUCUUCAUAGCGGCCUCCUAUGCGCCCUGGCUAAACCUUCGGGAACUGGGGCCUUGGGCCUCCCACAUGCGCUGGCUGGUCUGGAUCAUGGCCUCUGUUGGCACCAUCUAUGUCUUCUUCUUUCAUGAGCGGUACAAGCUUGUGGAACUGCUCUGCUAUGUCAUCAUGGGCUUCUUCCCUGCCCUGGUUAUCCUUUCAAUGCCCAACACUGAGGGCAUCUGGGAGCUGAUGACUGGAGGCGUCUUCUACUGCAUGGGCAUGGUGUUCUUCAAGAGCGACGGGAGGGUGCCCUUUGCCCACGCCAUCUGGCAUCUCUUUGUGGCAUUUGGUGCUGGUACUCACUACUAUGCCAUCUGGAGGUAUCUCUAUCUGCCCAGCACCCUGCAGGCCAAGGUAUCCAAAUGAGAUGGCCCAGACGUCACGAAGCAUGUGGGCUUUUGGAGCAGAGCAUCUUGGGAAGUGUUUCUGUGAACCUUAGCCCAGAUCACAAUGCUGGGGCCUGUCUGCCCUUCCGUGGGUAGAGCGAGCUUUUGAUGGGUCCAAGGUUACUUCUGGUGACAACCAGACCAUCCUUUAGUCCCAGGUGAGAAAGAAAGCAUUUAGUCAUUUUUACAGAGGAGAAAUUAACCCUGUAAUGUGCUUCUAUUCUACACAACUGAUUCCUAAUAUAAUCGACAUUAACAUCUUCAGAAAAGGGAGUGGACUGUGUCCUGGAAAACUGGGAAACAAUGAGCCAAUAUGUGCUUCUUAAGACCCUGAGAAGUCUAUCAGGGUGUGUCUUGUAAUACCUGGAUGACCAGAGCCUCCUUCCCUGCUACCAAAGUCCUGGCUUGGGGAAUUGUCCUGUUCAGGGAACAUCAACCAGCUUGUGGAUCAAGAAUGGUGAAUAUCUAUGACCAUGGCAGAUAUUACCAAUCAACUGUAGCAUGGUGGCAUCAGACUUCUCAAGUCAGUGCUCUGGAUAGUCACUCCCAAUCACUUCAGCACUCAUGAAGUCACCUCUUUGCCUUUCCUGUCCAGAGUGCUAGGCAGUGGGACCAAGGCCUAACUAGUUAUAUCUCCUUGUGGGGGAGCAUGCCUGUCUCCUGACACUAUGCCUGCACCCUUCCCUUUUGCCAUUUUUGGGGAAUUCCACUUGGGCAGUCCAGGGGCAGUAGGGGGAGAUCAAGGCAUACACCUGGGGUAGCCCUAACUGCUCCGCCGUCACUGGUUCUCAGGACAGAGGAGGAGUUAGCAAGUAGGAUGGGAAACUGUUACUUGGUCACUUCUUGCGCUGACAAGUGCAGAGAAAUUAUGGGUGCUGCUCAUCAGGAAGGACAGGCAGAUCCUAGAAACUUGCUCACCUAAUGCCAAAUUCAGAUUCUCACUUGGUGCCAAGCAGUGGCCCUUCCAGGCUCCUCAGAUGGACCCCAGAGGGCAGGCCUCAGUUAGUUUGAUGUGGAUCUGGGCAAGGUGUCUGGAUACCUCCAACCUGUGAAUCCCUGUUGUCCCAGUGACAAGGCUUUCAGGGGCCUUUCCUCACAGCCUACUGCCUGGCUGGGCCAGCUGCUUGGUACCAGGCUCAUGGACACUUUACUGGGGAUGAGGUAGCAGGCCCAGCUCCAGGAUCUGAAUGGGAAUCUCAGAAUGUUGGAUCAAGGAUUUGUCUCAACUCAGACUGUCCUUUUUCUACAACUCCUAGCCAGAGUUGAGUGGGCAAGGAUGGGUAAAGACAGGAUGCCUUAUGUUUAUUUUUAGUACAUUCCAGGGUAUUUCAGGGCUCUGACAUCUGGAAUCCUGUGUGUCCAAGCCACUAUUAGAUCACCUUGACACCUUCCUCAGAGAGGUGGGUGCUGAGCUGGCUGAUGAAUUAGGGAUGUUUUGUCCUCUUGUUUGUGUGUGUGUGUUUGGGUGUGUGCAUGUGUACGUGCAUGUGUGCAUGUGGGUGUGCAUGUGUGUGCAUGUGUGUGCCUCUACACUGGCACUCCUAGGCCUUGGAAAUAGCCUUCAGACAGUGUGCACACCCUGCACACUUCAGGUGUUUCCCAUCAGUUGGGCUCAGGGUUGAAGUUCAGUGGGGAAGGGAAGCUUUAUGGGGAAAGGCAGGUUGGAGUUGCCUACCCCUAACUGGGGACAGGGUUGGGGAGGGGUCAUGUGGGUUCUAGGAUGCUGUUUAGUGAACCUCCCAAGGUAUGGUGCCAUGCCGACUGUAUGAAAAUCCUGUCAUUGGGGAGCCCAGAGCCCUGCUAAAGGGCCAUGCUGGGUGCUUGGUUCCCUGACCUUGGGCCUCAUUAGUGGCCCUGUAGGCCUGGCUGAGGAACUCGAUCUGAUGCCUGCAUCUCCUGGUAUCCCCUCCUCCUGGGUAUUUGAUCUUGCAUUUCCCCCAGCAUAACCUGCCCGGAGGCCCCAGGCUGCCUCCACCCCUAUGUUUACUCUGAGGCCUUCUCUGCUGAUGCUCACUGCAGUACUCGGGAUGCCCCUUUAAAAGACUCUGGUCCACAGACCCCAGCAGUACGUGCCUCCUGUGCACACCUGGCCAGCAGGAGGCCCAUUGGCCUCUCUGUUGUCUUCCCUGAGGUUUGAUGUGCAAGACUGCAGCCUGAUCUACCUUGACCUCAAAUCUGAGCUGGAAGGAGUGGAAGAGCAAGCUGAGAGCACCCAUCUUAAAGCAAAUGGGCAUGGGAGCAGUGGAGUGGCAUGCCCGGGCGUAGAGCCAGAGAGUUCAGUGGAACUAGGCCAGAACCCUGCCUGACUUUCAGCCCAAUGUGAUUCUACUCCCAUAUUUCCAUAUGGCCAAGUUUGGUUGGUAAGCCAGUAGGAAGCUUUGGGGCGUCUUGGAAGAGACUCAUGGUAGCAGCCAGGACAUCUGGGUCCUGCUUCUCUGCUUUGUGCUUAUGGUGUGACUUUGGGCAAAUUAUUUAUCUUCUCUGGGCUUUCAUCUGAUCAGCUAUAAAGGGAGAUAGUAUUCUUACUUAGCGGAUUAUAAGCUGGUGGUUCAUCUCCAGGCUGUGUAUACUAGGGAUGAGUCCAGAGCCCAAGCCUGGGCUUUGUUGGAGUGCGAGCAACGGUUUGGAGCCUUUCUCGGAUAUUUAAGGGCAGGACUGUGUCUCUGUUGGUCCAGCACCAAGCUCUGCACUUAGACAGGUUUGGCAAUGAGUGGAGAAGGGUGAACUUGGUCUUUGUUUCCUCAUCUUCUGAGGUUGGUGGCAUGGCUCGGGGGCCUCCUGUAAGUGUUGACCCUGGUACACUGGGGUUAAGAAGAGGCAAAUUCAUAGCCAUGGUCUUGUGACACCUCUCUGGUCUUGACUCUUGGUGGCUUUGAACAUGGGAAGACAAACAUAAAUGGUAGUGGGAGGCUCCUGGGCUGGUUUUUCCCAAAUCGAGUUUGCAGUGAGCUGUGCCUCUGUGAGGAGUGGGUCUGCAGUUUGGAAGCCCGGUGGCUGUGGCCAGCCUGAGAUUGCAGGAUGAAGGGGCCAGAGCCCCCGGGGAAGCAGACGUGGUAGAGGGUGUGAGUGUUGGGGGCGGGGGUCCUUGAGGAGGAACCCCAAGUCUUGCCCAGGCUCACUGUAGGUUCAGAGAGUGAGUCUAUAUCCUAGUGACUGGGUGGGCAUUUGUUUUCUUAAACAUAAAGAUUAUUUUCAAUAAAAUAAUUUGUUAUUAUAAACAUCUUAUAAGAUACUAGGAAGGUAGGAAGGGUUUUAGUCGCCCUACCUCUCAGGUGACUGCUUUUAAUCCUUUGUGGGUUUGUUUUUGUGUUUUUUUUUCUCUUGACAUUUUUAUGUCUUACCUUUUUUAAAAAGUAUUUUUUUUUUGUUAUUCCGGAUGCUUUGUAAACAUUAUUGUACAAGUCUCCAUUGAGUGGACAUACCACAAUUUCUUUAACCAUCAUUUUACUUUGAGUGCAUAUUGGUGAUGAGGAUCUCUCGACAUGAGUUUCCCCCCAGUUUUAAUACAUUAGGUCACACUAAGAAGUUAGGUGAAACUUGCCAUUCUACCUGCUGCCACUGGACUGAUUGUCCCCUAUAAGUGGCCCUUGUGCCAGGAGAGUUGGCGCAUUGCUACCUGGGUGCUGCCAAGGGGCUGGUCUAUCUGGAAGAUUUCAAAAAGUCAACUGCAGCCUGCAGCCUGAGCUAUGGAGGAGAAAGGGAGGGGGGCCAGUGCAGGAGAG